UGGUUGGGACAGCUGCCUUCCCUUCAGCCUGGGUGGAACCUCGGAUGCUGGGGAGGGUGUCCCUAAGCACGGGUGGGGGCCUUGGCGUAAAGUUUGCUUGUUGCCUCUGUGAGAGUUUUUUUUUUCUUUUUUUAACUCUUAAUUGAACACAUUAACACCAAACGCACAGGUUAUGAGGGCACACAAACUCAAGAAUCCAAACAAGCCAAGCACACUGUGCAACACAGCUCCGAACAAAGGGCAUCCCCCGCUCUGCACCAGCGGCCAGCGGCCUCGCCCGGGAUGCCGUGUCGGCCUCUUCUACGGCUGGAGGAGCCACGCUGCAGGGAGAGACGCCCCACGUCCUGUGGGCCCGGGCGUUCGCCCCGCGGUAACUGUGCUCCAGCCCACGUGCAGCCCCAGGACCCCCACGCCCCUCGCAUCCCGGGCCCCACCGCUGCCAGGUCCAGUCCCGCCCCGCCCCGUCCGGAGCCACCAACAGCCCGGGGCUACGAGGCGGGCGGGAUCGCGGAGUCCCGCUGGGCGAGGGAGGACCGUCCCUGCGAGGAGCCUCGGCCGCCGCCCGUCCACCCCAGGACCCCGGGCCCUGGAUAGUCCGAGGCCUUCCUCCCUGGGCGGAUCCGCCCGAGUCCGGUGGGAGGAGGGGGCGGGAGGAGCCCGGAACCCGGCGCCGGAGCUCGCGUUUCUGGCCGGCGGGACCCGAGCGCUGCACCGAGCGCGCCCGGACCUCGGCCGACGGACUCAGGUCACCAUGGCAACGCGGCGGGACCAGAGGCUGCUCGCGGCUGGCGUUCCGGCAGCCGAGAUGCCGCCCCCGCCUGGGCCCCAGGACCAGGCCCUGGACGCCCUGCUGGCUCGCAAGGAGGAGGAGUGGCGGGCGCUGCAGGCUCGGCGCUGGCAGGUGCAGGAGGCCGCCCUGCAGGACGCUCAGCGCCAGCUGGAGGAGGCGCAGGCGAAGCUGCGGCGCCUGCAGGAGGACUUCGUCUACAACCUGCAGGUGCUGGAGGAGCGGGACCGCGAGCUGGAGCGCUACGACGCCGCCUUCGCCCGGGCCCGCGGCCUGGAGGAGGCCCGGCAGGCCGAGGUGAGCGAGCUCCAGAUCGAGGUGGCCAAGCUGAGGCAGGCGCUGGCCCGCGAGGCCCGGCGGCUGGAGGACGCGCAGCAGCAGCAGGAGCAGAGGCUGCGGGAGCAUCGCCUGGAGCUGGAGCGGGUGCACAGUGACAGGAACAGUGAGCUGGACCAGCAGCAGGAGCAGUACAGAAACCUGAAGUGGAAGCUGGAGCGGAGGCUGGAGGAGCUGGACGGCGAGCUCGCCCUGCAGCGGCAGGAGCUGCUCCAGGAGUUUGAAUCCGAGAUGCAGAAGCGGGAGCACGGGUUCCGCCUGCAGGCCGACAGCAUGAGCAAUGUGGUCCGGGCGCACGAGCUCAAGGUCAAGCUGUUGAACAAGGAGCUGGCGGCCCUGAGAGAGGCCGGGGCACAGGCGGCGGAGUCCCUGCAGAGCACGGAGGCGGCGCGUGCCGAGCUGGCGGGCCAGCUGCAGCGCAAAGAGCUGGAGCUCAGGGACCUGGCCGCCGUGAAGGACGCCAGGAUAAAGGACUUAGAGGGGACACUUCGCUGGGCACGUGUCACCAGGAAAAAAGAAGAGGAAACGCUCAGGAGGAAGCACGAGGAGCUGGACCGUCUGGCCCGGGAGAGAGACGCGGCGCUGGCGGCGGCCGAGAGCGCGCACGAGGAGCAGCUGCGGGCGGCCGAGGCCCGGGCCCUGGAGCUGCAGGCGCGCUGCGAGGGCCUGGAGGUGCAGCUGCGCCGGGCCGAGUGGGGACAGACGGCCGCCUCCCGGGAGAGGGACGCCACCAUUGACAAACUCCGGGAAGAUGCGUCGGCUCUGAAAUCCGCCUGGGAUGCCGAGGUGGCCCGGCUGUCCAGGGAGAUGACGGCCCAAGACCUGCAGGUCCAGUCGCUGCGGGAAAAAGAGGGGGAGCUGAAGGCACAGCUGGCCAGAUGCCAGCAGGACGUCGGAAGGUAUAAGCAGCAGCUGUCCCUGGCGGCGGAGAGAGAGCAGAGCCUGGAGCGGGAGAAGGUGCAGCUGGAGCUGGACUGGCAGCGCCGCUGCGACGGCGUCGAGCGCGAGCAGUACCAGCGGUCCGAGGACUUGAUUCAGGGCCUGACCGCAGCCAGAGACCAGGCUGCCGCCAAGCUCCAGGAGGCAGAGCGGGUGCUGCACGAGCAGGACGUGGUGCUGAAGGCGGUGACCCGGGAGCGAGACCAGGCCCUGCAGGCGCUGCGCACGCACGGGCCCCGCCCUGAGGAGGCGCAGACGCUCCUGAGGCCUCGUGAAGAGGAAACGGGGACCGGCUCUCCGGCUCUCUCGGUGCAGCAGCUGCAAGAGCAGAACGCGAGCUUGCGAAGUGUCAUCGCACAGAUGAGACAAGAGAUGGAAACGCUCAGCGAUCAGAUGCUCCCUCCUGCCCGCUUAGGGGCGGGGGCCCCCGAGGCCACCCAGGACCCAAAGGCAGCGGCCGAUCCCACCGUUCCUGGUUACGUUCUGGCUCUUGAAGCAGAAAUGCGACACCUAAAGCAUAAGUUUAAAACCCUGGAGGAACACCUGGAAGUGUCAGAGCCUUGGAAGACCCCCUCGUCCUGCGCCGGUGCUCAGCCCGGUGUCCCGGCUUCCGCAGAUGCUGCCGGUGAGUCCCUGAGCAGCGGCACAGCCCGAGGGAGCGUGGUCGCUCUUUCUGCAGGAGGAGCUGUGCCCGGCGACAGCACCUCCGCGGGACUGGCGCUCCGGAAGCUUCGAGACAGGGCACGGCUCUUGAACUUCCUGGUGGCGCGGCUCAGACGGAAGGUGCUGCAGGAGCCCCUGGACGUGGACACCGUCCAGCGAGAGCUUCCCCACGAGCUGGACCAGAUGCACCUGGAGGUUCUGCAGCUGCGGAGGCAGGUGGCUGAGCUGGAGCAGCAUCUCGGGGCGGCCCGGAAGGAAGGCGGGGACACCUUGGACACUGCGGGCCUCGGAGCAGAGGGCCCCACGGAGGCAGACGGAGGGCGUGCGGGCACCGGGGAUCCGGGGGCACGGCCCCCCCAGGCCCUGUGUGUGCCCCGGCUCCAGAGGAAGCUCAGGGAGGCGGCAAGGAAAAUCCUGCGGCUGCGCCUGGAGAAGGAGCAGCUCCUGGAGCUGGGGAACCGGCUCCGUGCAGAGCUGGGCCGCCUCCCUGGUGGCGAGUGCCCUGGGAAGCCGGCUGGUCUCCCUGUCGCCGAGGCACCGGGCGGCGUGGGUGAGGCACCUCAGGCACCCCUGGGACAGCUGCAGCCCCGUCUCACAACUCAGGACUCGAAGAAUGCCAAGAAAGAAGGUGUGUCCGAAUGCUCCGGGAAGAGCCAAGCCCGCUUGGCACAGACCGUCCACAGAAGGGAUGCUCGGCCAGGCUGCGCGCCGGGACCAGGACUGUCACAGAGGCAGCGCGGCAUCUCCACGGUGACUUGCAAACCAGCCCCUCGGAGGGAGAACCGCUCUCCGCGGCCGCGCCUGGCUCAGGAAUUCCAGGAGGCGAGCGGCCGCCACAGCCAGGGCUCCUCAUCACUGGCCAGCAGUUCCCUCCAGGACACAUGGAGGCUGCUGGACCUGGGGUCCAGCCCUUCUGGCCUCACCUCCCAGGACGACUCCCCUGCAGGCUCCCGAGGCCCAGGGCAGCCUGGCAGGGUAGGAAACUCGCUCAACCCUUGCCACUGCGAAGGGGCACCUUUGUGGGAACUGCGUGAGAUCAGAUGUAGCAAGAUGUGGACAGAAGGGAACCGGGGUAGGGAGCAAACCUGGAGCCCCUCCCGGUCAGCUCACCGCUUCCCGGGGUCAGUCUCCAUGGAUGGGCGUUUGGGCAGUGUCAUCAAGGCGCAGCUCUGCCAGGCCGACAGGUGUCGUUUUAAGUGGUGUCUCUCCUGGGGGACGGUGUGCAUCUUUUCACACUGGAGCUGCCUCCUUUUCCUUGUCUUCAGUUCUCUGCCCCUUUGUACAUUGGGUUUAGAAUAAUUUUCUUAUUGAUUUGUCAGAGCUUGUUAUAUAAAUUGGAAAGUAGACCUUUUCUGAGACAUGAACUGCAAAUAUUUUUCCAUGGUUUUCCAUUUGUUUUUUGACUUUGCCCAUGGGGGGUUUUGUCAGACACACGUUAUAUCGACUUAUUUAUUUCUGGCCGCAUCCAUGGCAUGCGGAAGUUCACAGGCCAGGGAUUGAACUUGUGCCAGCAGUGCCAGUGCCAGGUCCUUAACCCACUGAGCCACCAGGGAACUCCUCAAAUGGGUUUUCGCUGUUUCCAGAGUCAUGUGAUUUGGGGGGGGCUGUCUUUUAGUUAGUGAUUUCUGCUGUUUUUACAUCUUGGUUGGAGAAUAAGACAUGCUUCUUCUGACAGGACUGUACUCCUACAGCUGCGACCACUGAUGGUCCAUCCGUCUCCCUGGGGCUCUGCAGCCCAGAUGCGCUCUCUGGGCGUCUGAGAAAGCCUGGCGCCCUGGGCUUUUUCUGUGCUUCCAUCGGCGUGGCCCCGCUGGCAUGAACUGCUCCUCUGCCAGCGCCCUCCUCUGGCGGUCUUUGUGUCCUGUGCUUGGCAGCUCGUAGGCACUGUCUCCAGUCUCGUGGUUGAGAUCACCUCUUUCGUCGCCUUCUGCCUGUUUUUAAGUUACCCGCUCCGUUUUCACUCUUCCUCAACUACUUAGACCUAUUUUCAUUUCACCUGUACCGUUCUUAAGACUUAGCAACUUCCGUAUUGCCUGUAUUUUCCUUGGGUUCAGUUCGAGCGGUAGCAGUUGGCUGCAGGCAGCUAUCUUUUGGACAACAGUCACUUGACUGCGUCCUAUAAUUUGUCCGUAUUUGCUUUCAAAAUCUCAUAGGAGCCUCUUAAGAUCCGUUUUUCUCUUCCCAACAUAAUUUUAAAAGAGAAUUUUUAUAUGAGAAACUCUCUGAGGCCUGUAUGUGAGAGAGUGUUUUUCUUUCUGCUUCACAUUUAAAUACGCUUCAGUUGAGUAUCAGUCUCCAGGCUUUCGUUUCUCAUAAUGUGACAGACCGAGGGCCUGGAUUGAGACUUGCACUGAAACCUGCUGAAUAAAAAGUGAAAGCAUGGGGUUCCCAUCGUGGCGCAGUGGAACCGAAUCCAACUAGGAACCAUGAGGUUGCAGGUUCGAUCCCUGGCCUCAUUCAGUGGGUUAAGGAUCCGGCGU